UCUACUACUAUUGGUCACUUUUCACUUUUCUACCGGCAGUCAUGUUAACCGUUUAUCUUCUUCUGACGUUCCUUCUCCCAUUGAGCACUGCCUUCACAUGCCCUCGAGACGGAACGUUCAAGGACCCAGCAAACUGUGCAAAGUUCUACACUUGUUUAUAUGGACAAGUUUGGCACAAAACCUGUUCUCCGGGCACACUUUACAACCCCAAAAAUAUGAUAUGUGACUGGCCGCAUAAUGUAAAGUGUAAACCAACUCCUAAACCUGAUCCUAAACCUACUCCUAAACCGGAUCCUAAACCUACUCCUAAACCUACUCCCAAACCCGCCCCUGAGCCUACUCAAGACCCCGACUGUGUGGACGAGUGGCCGGAGUGUGUAGACUACAACCCCUGUGACGACGAGGAGAUAGCUACAUUGUUCUGUCAGCGCACGUGCAACACAUGCUGAUAGUGCCCACGUGCGGUCAUUGUAAACACGUGAUCAUUAUUAACACGUGACAAGGCGAAGAUAUAAAUCAUACAAUUGUAACUAGAAUAUUGUUGUGAUUGUUAUAUUAUUAUCAUAUUUUGAA